CGUCAUGUCAUGUUUGUCAGUGUUCAGGUACGAGGCACAGCCAGGUUUCAUGACACAUUCGAGUGUGCAAGCUUGGAGUUCAAAUAUCCAGUAUUUGCUCAAGAACACAGAUGAUGCUCCCAAAAUGUCAAAUUCCAAGUAUUGAUGGUUGAACAAAGAAGGACACACAAAAGGGUUCAACGACUUUGGAGAUCACAUAGGACAUAUAAAGCACCUAAUUCUUUAUUAAAGACUGCCAAGAUGCCACUUAGAGCAUCCUUGCACAGAAAGCCAACUUCUGGUCGUUGGUCAAGCAGACAUUCAAAGCGCAGAGAGGUUCUCUCUGUCAACAUGAUCAGUCUACCACUAGCUGAUUUCCGCCAUAUCUCACAUAUUGGAAAUGAUGCCCAUAGAGACAGCUUUGGAGAUCUUUCUUUCCUAAAAAUGGGCCACAGCCUGCUUCUACAAAGCUCCCAAAGUGAGCAAAAUCUCUUCCUGGCCUGCUCUCCACCCCCAAAGCCCCCUCGUCUAAAUAUGGAGGCAGAGGGUUCCAAGAGCACGGACUGGCCUGUGGACCACCAGGAGAAUGCCAGCCAGAAGAGGAAGAAAUGCAGCUCUAUGCCACUGCUGGACAGCAAGGAAGGUGAGACUGUAUUGGUGGACAGGUAUGAAAGGGGAAACAACGUUGCGACCCAUCAGUUUUCCAGUGCUGGGUGGGACAACCUGAGCGCGGACAGCAAUAGCAACUACUCGGUGGUCGGUGACAAAAGUGAAGGACAACAGAAAGAGGAGGACAAUGGCUUUUCUUUUAGCCUCGACCUGGGUCCUUCCAUUUUGGACGAUGUCCUGCAGGUGAUGGACAAACUUCAACAUUGAAUGAAAUAGCUAAGAAUAAAAGAGAAAAGGAGAAAAUCAAACUCCAGUUUCUUCUGGGAAACACAAAUCAUUAGCUCUCCAGCAUAGUAAAAAUCUUCCAUGACUCUUGAGAAAAGCAAGUGAACAACGUGAAAACAUCCGCAUUGUAGUAAAAUGGUUUGGAAUCAUCGGCAGAUGUUAAGUGUGGCAUGUAAUUUGUUUACGAAAAAAAAUUGUUUCA